AUGAAGCACCAAGUUGAGCUUGCUCACGAAGCCAACAACGGACUUGAUAUUGAUGUGAGGCUAUUGAAGCCCAUAAAGGAGCUAUUUCCAAUCCUAUCCUAUGCAGACUUCUACCAGUUGGUUGGGAUUGUUGUUGUUGAAGUUACAAGAGGCCUUGAGAUUCCCUUUCACCCUGGGAGACCGGACAAAAGUGAAUCACCUCCAGAAGGUCACUUGCCUGAUGCCACGAAAGGUUCAGACCAUCUGAGGGACGUUUUUGGCCACAUGGGGCUUAGUGAUAAAGAUAUUGUUGCUCUAUCUAGUGGCCACACUCUGGGACGAUGUCAUAAGGAAAGGUCUGGUUUUGAGGGACCUUGGACUACAAAUCCUCUAAUCUUUGAUAACUCCUACUUCAAGGAAAUCCUAAAUGGAGACAAGGAAGGUCUUAUCCAGCUUCUAUCAGACAAAGCUCUUCUGGAGGAUCCAGUAUUCCGCCCUCUAGUUGAGAAAUAUGCUACAGAUAAGGAUGCCUUUUUCGCAGACUAUGCCAAAGCCCAUUUGAAGCUCUCAGAGCUCGGAGGAUUAGUGAGGACUCAAAGGCCGACUAGUUCUUGCCAUCAAGUAUCUGGAGACUACUACCAUCUUCCCCAUAUAAGGUUUUGGCAAUGGCUAUCAUGUUGUUCUGAGUGA